GAAGAAGAAGAACAGAGGCUGGAGUCAAGAUGCCGAACUGGGGAGGGGGUUCCAAAUGUGCAGCCUGUGACAAGACGGUUUAUCACGCAGAGGAGAUCCAAUGUAACGGCAGGAGUUUCCAUAAAACCUGCUUCAUCUGCAUGAGCUGUAGGAAGGGACUGGACAGCACCACGAUGGCAGCGCACGACUCUGAAAUCUACUGCAAGUCCUGUUACGGGAAGAAGUACGGACCCAAGGGCUACGGGUACGGCCAGGGGGCGGGGGCUCUGAGCUCGGACCCCCCCGGACACAACCUGGACCUGCAGCCUCAGGAAUCCAAACCUAAACCAGCUUCUACAAACUCCACCUCUGGUAAAUUCUCUAAGUUUGGAGGAUCAGACCGGUGCCCCCGCUGCUCCAAGGCCGUCUACGCCGCAGAGAAGGUGAUGGGGGCGGGAAAGCCGUGGCAUAAAACCUGUUUCCGUUGUCUCCUGUGCGGUAAAAGCCUGGAGUCGACCACAGUGACGGACAAAGACGGCGAGCUGUACUGUAAAGUGUGUUACGCCAAAAACUUUGGCCCCAAAGGCUUCGGUUUGGGCAACGAGGCCAUGAUGGAGGAGCGACCGUGAUCAUGUGACUGCAGCCGUUUCCAUGGAGAUGUGGGGUGGAUGUUAUGUAUCUGGUUUUGCAGUUUUUCAGGAUGUCGUAGGAUGAUUAUUAGGCUUAUUCUGCCGUUUUGUUUAAUGUCACUGAGAGUUUUAUUAAAAUGAGGCUGAUAUAAUGAUAUUUUCUGACGUGUCAUUAAAGUUUUCAUCUAUUUGGACGAAACACUGUUAAUAAACUUUUAAAUAUUUGUCAGUAAAGCAUACAGUAUUUAAGAGUGUGGUUCUUUUCAAUGUGAAAUUUUGAUUUAUUUACUGAUAAUAAACACAUUAAGUUCUCUAUUAAAACUAUUUAGUUUACUAUGGCUCACAACCUUCUGAAAUUAUUCCACUGCAAAAAAUUAGUAGUAG